AUGUGCAAGUGCGAAAGGGGAAAGUUGUACACCGAAAAAACCCAGGGAGUGGUGAACUACACGGUCCCGAAUGUGAUGCUUGCAUUUGCAAAAAAACACCGUAUCACGCUCCGGGGCCACACCAUACUAUGGGAAGCCCACAAGUUCCAGCCGAAGUGGCAGAAAAAGCUGUCGCCCGACGAACUGCGUGAGGCCGUCCUCAAACGAGUCAAGUCGGUAGUGACCAAGUACAAGGGGCAGUUCAUCGACUGGGAUGUCAUCAACGAGAACAUGCACUACGCCUUGUAUAGCAGUGUCACCAAUAACGGGAUCGACGUCUUCAGACUCCUCCGGCAGCUCGACACUUGUCCCAUCCCCUUCCUUAAUGAAUUCAACGUCAUCGAGGACUGCAACAUCCAAUCCAAAGCCAACACGUGGAAAUAUCUGCAGAAGAUCGACUAG